AUGGCGGCGAUCCACCAGCAGCAGCAGCACAUGCCCCUUCUUCUCCUCACCUUCCUCCUCGCGGCGUCCACGGCGGCGGCCCGGCCUUCGUACGUCAUCAAGUCGACGUGCGUAGCGAUCACCAACGCCACCGUGGGUACCCCCUACCGCUACUGCGUGCGCACGCUCGCCGCCGACCCGGCGGCCGCGCCCGCCAGGGACGCCCGCGGGCUCGCCAUUGCCGCCGCCAAGCUCACCGCCACCAACGUCUCGUCGACGCUGCACGUGCUCAACCUGCUCGUGGACGCCCUCCAAAACUGCAUCGUCACGUACCAAUUCAUGCAAGGGGACGUCGCCGGCGCGCUCGACGACCUCAGCGCCGGCCGCCUCGACGUGGCGUCGCCCAAGCUCAAGCGCGCCUCGUUCCAGCCGGAUUUCUGCGAACUGGCCAUGAUGGAGAGUGACACCGACAAGGAUCCCGUGUCGGAGGAGAACGAUGCUAACCAGUUGCUCUCCGGCAUGGCGUACAACAUCGCGGAACUCAUCGCCAACAGGCGACCGCCGCCGCCAAGAUGA